AGAUAAUGUUGUUUGUAUUAAUAGCAAUCCUACUUGUUCUGCAGAAAGCUUCAGGACUUGAUCUGAGAGUUAGAACAAACAAACCGGCCAGUCGAAGGGACUCUCCGGAAACCAGUUUGGAUGUGCGCAUAUCCGUUGUAUUGCCGCACUCAAUCUUCAAGGAGAAAGAUUAUCUGAAAGAAAUUAACUCGGCAAAGAAGAUCUUCACUAAAAUGAAAUUUCAGGAAAAGUACACUGUGAACCCAGUUCUAGAAAUGCUGGAUGCAAUGCCAGGACCAACACAGGUUUUAGAGAAAAUUUGUGAAAAAUUCCUUGGAGGAAAUAUUGUAUCUCUGCUGUAUCUCACCAAUUCGGAAAACUAUGGAAGAGAAACCGUCGCCUCGCAAUACUUCCUUGAACUGGCAAAAUAUGUGGGUAUCCCUGUAGUAUCCUGGAAUGCUGAUAAUGCUGCUCUGGAUCAGUCGACAGCGACAGAUAAACUGCAACUUCAACUUGCACCCACAGUUAAACAUCAAGCACAGGCAAUGGUGUCGUUAUUGAUAAGAUACUCAUGGCACACCUUCUCUAUAUUAACCACUAAAAUCGGAGGCCAUCUUUCUUUUACACAGGGACUGCGUGAUAUAACAAACGAUCCAAAAUAUUCGGAGAAAAAGCUUCAUAUAGUGGAUAUCAUGCAUACUGAGAAUCCAGUAGAGGAUAUGAAAAAGUUGGAACGAACAUAG